UGUAACGAACACACCGUGCGAAACAUGGCAUAUUUGUUUUCGCGCUUCGACUCAGCCACCUCGUCAUUUUCAUUUUCGCGCGUGCUGCUCAGGAGACCCAUCAUCUUCUACUUAGGCAGCGGCAUCAUCUUCCAGUAAGGCGUGUUCUUUUCUCUACGCCCUUCUUCUUCGACUCACAGCCAAAGGUUUUCCUCAAUAUCCGGGAUGAAACCUGUCUCGCUCCUCAGCAGAAGUCUCUCGGUCUUGAUGUCCUUAUUGUCAACCUCAUCAACUUCCAGAAACUAGUAUCCUUUCCUAGGCUUUCUUUUAGAUUGAGGAACUAAACGUUGCCUUAGAACUAGUUCAGUAAGUUUUCUCCUCUUCCUUUGUUGCAUCCUCAUACAGAACCCACAACUUUAUCAUUUUCAUCUUAGUGCUCACUGUGUAAAUCUAUUUGAGGUAUAAAUAUACAAGGAAGAUAAGAUCUUCAAAUAUAGGGAAAAGAGUGAUUCCAUUAGCUAAUUAGAUUCUAUCACGAUGGUGAUUAUGUUCUUUUAUCAAACACAUACGGUGGAUUUGAUAAAUGGAUUUUGGAGGGUAGUAUGAGAACCCAAUGACAUAGAAUAGAUGCUUCCAUCACCUUUAAUGAUCUGGUGGAUGCCAUGAAGGAAAAAUGCCGCCAUGGCUACAACAAUGCGAGCAAGGAAAGUUUUUUUUUUUUUUGGCUCUCUCUCUCACAUUCUUCUUUAUAUCAUCCCUUGAACAAUUGAUUCAAACUGAAUGCAGGGUCUUUUCAUGUUGAAGGUCGUCUGUGUAUUAUUAUUUGCUUGCUAGUUUCAUUGAAGAAGAAGAAAUGGUUAUGCUGAAGUUCUUUAUAAUAUGCAAAAAUUCAUAACUUUCAGCGGAUUGCUGACAGCUUCUACUAGUGAUAUUUUAUCAUUGCCUGAAGUCCCAUUGUAGCUCCCUCUGGGCAUGCCUCAACAGGAUUUCAAGGCAUGGAAUUCUAUAAUCAGGGGCUUAUGUAUAGAUACUAGGCAUAAAGAAGCCUUGACGCUUCUCUUCCAGUGCUUACGGAGUUCUAUAGUUUAUAAACCAGAUCAUCUGGUAUUUGCUGCCAUUCUCAAGUCCUGCACUGCCCUUUUGGCUGGCAACUUAGGCAGAGCUUUACAUAGUUUUGUCGUCAAACUGGGCCAUGGUACUUGCCAGGUCACUUCCAAAGCACUGCUUAACAUGUAUGCCAAAUAUGGUGCAUUUGAUGACUGCCAAAAGCUUUUUGAUCAGCUGAGUCCUAAUGAUCCUGUUAUUUGGAAUAUUGUUUUAUCUGGGUUUUCUGGUUCCAAGAACCAUGACAAUGAUGUGAUUCGAACGUUUCGGAGCAUGCACGUGAGAGGAGAGGCUAAGCCCAAUUCUGUUACUAUUGCUACUAUUCUUCCCACAUGUGCUCGAUCAAGGGAUCUGGAUGUUGGGAGGAGCGCCCAUGCUUAUGUAAUCAAAUCAGGAUUUGAAAAUGACACCUUUGUUGGAAAUGCUCUAGUAUCAUUUUAUGCAAAGUGUGGACUGGUGUCUCAUGAUUCAUUUGCUGUUUUCAGUAACAUUAUUAACAAAGAUGUUGUUUCAUGGAAUGCAAUGAUUGCAGGUCUUGCUGAGAAUGAGUUUUUGGAAGAUGCAUUCACAUUGUUCAGUUUGAUGGUUAAAGGACCCUUGGAACCAAAUUACUCAACCAUUGCAAGUAUUUUGCCUGUUUGUGCUUUAUUUGAUAGAAAAUUUGCCCGUCAUUUUGGAAGACAGAUCCACUCCUAUAUGCUGCAGCGGAUUGAAUUAUCAAGUGAUAUUUCUGUCUCUAAUUCUUUACUUAGUUUUUACGUAAAAGUUGGCCAAAUGGCAGAGGCAGAAUACCUUUUUUGGAAAAUGGAUGCAAGGGAUUUGGUUUCUUGGAAUACUAUUAUUGCCGGAUAUGCCUCUAAUGGUGAAUGGUUGAAAGCAUUGCAUAUAUUUGGUAAUUUGACAUGUGCAGAGUUAUUGCCAGAUUCUGUAACUAUUGUCAGCAUCCUUCCUGUGUGUGCUCAAUUAAGAAACUUAGAGGUGGGAAAACAAAUUCAUGCAUAUGUUUUUAGAAACCCUUUCCUCUUUGAGGAUACAGCAGUUGGAAAUGCCUGUGUAAAUUUCUAUGCAAAAUGCGGUGAUAUGGAGGCAGCAUUGAAUACAUUCUUUAUGAUAUCAAGGAAAGAUAUAAUUUCAUGGAAUUCUAUUCUUGAUGCCUUUGGAGAGUGGGGGUGUGGUUCUAACUUUUUAAGCUUGUUACGUUGGAUGCAUAGAGAAGAAAUUAGGCCUGAUUCUGUUACGAUAUUGACUGUAAUUAAUUUUUGUGCUUCUCUUUUGCAAAUAGAAAAGGUUAAAGAAAUACAUAGCUACUCAAUUAUGACUGGCUUUCUGGGAUGUGGUACUGCACCCACAAUUGGGAAUGCGAUAAUUGAUGCAUAUUCCAAAUGUGGUAACAUGGAGUAUGCACACAGAAUGUUUCUGAAUUUAUCAGAGGGAAAAAAUUUAGUCACAUUCAAUUCUCUGAUUUCAGGUUAUGUAGAUUUAGGAUCACAUCAUGAUGCAAAUAUGAUAUUUAAAGGCAUGUCUGAGAAAGACAUUACCACCUGGAAUCUUAUGGUCCGAGUAUAUGCUGAGAAUGAUUUUCCUGAGCAAGCUUUUUGUCUGUUCUCUGAGUUACAAGAUCAAGGGAUGAGACCUGAUGCAGUGACUAUUAUGAGCUUCCUUCCUGUAUGCACGCAAAUGGCAUCAGUACACUUGCUGAACCAGUGUCAUGGUUAUAUUAUCAGAUCUUGUUUUGAUGACAUUCGCUUGAAUGGUGCCCUUUUAGAUGCAUAUGCCAAAUGUGGCAACAUAGGCUGUGCAAAUAAGCUUUUUCAUUCAAGCAAUGAUAAGGAUCUGGUUAUGUUUACUGCAAUGAUUGGUGGGUAUGCUAUGCAUGGUAUGAGUGAUGAAGCACUUGGGCUUUUUUCUCAUAUGCUCAACCUGGGAAUCAAGCCAGAUCAUGUUAUCUUCACUUCUGUGUUGUCUGCUUGUAGUCAUGCUGGCCUUGUAGAUGAAGGACUGAAGAUAUUUUAUUCAAUAGAGAAAAUCCUUGGAAUCAAACCAACUCUGGAGCAACAUGCUUGUGUGGUGGACCUACUGGCUCGAGGUGGCCGUGUUCAUGAUGCAUAUGCUCUUGUGGCUAGGAUGCCAAGCAAAGCUAAUGCAAAUGUGUGGGGAACAUUGCUUGGUGCCUGCAAAAUCCAUCAUGAGGUGGAAUUGGGAUGUACUGUGGCAGAUCAACUCUUCAAAAUUGAUUCUGAUGAUGUUGGAAAUUAUGUUGUCAUGUCGAACAUAUAUGCAGCAGAUGCUAGAUGGGAUGGGGUCAUGGAGGUCCGAAGGAUGAUGAGGAACAAAGAUAUGAAAAAGCCAGUGGGAUGCAGCUGGAUUGAAGUUGAUAGGACAACUAAUGUUUUUGCAGCUGGGGAUUGUUCCCACCCCCAGAGAAGUAUUAUUUACACUACGCUAUAUACUCUAGAUCAACAAAUUAAAGAACCAAUUGAAUUUUAGCUUAACGCAGCUGGGGAUUGUCCUCUUCACAUCGACACCUUCUGCUACUUCUACUUAUGCCGGGCAGUCUUGGACUUGUUAACCACUGUGCAACUUCCUUGAAUGAAUCUGUGUUUGUCUGAGCAAAUGCUUUUAGUGCUUUGCUACCAGCUGUUCCUUGGCUUGGCGGCUUUUCUAUGAUUCCUUUUUAUUUGAUAAUUAGACUUACAUUCACCUGUAACCUUCAUGAUUAAACUAUGGUCAACAAAUGAAAAUUAGAUUAUGAUCAGCAAAAGGGGGAAUCAGACAUAAGAAUGAUCAACUUUUAGGACCAUUGUUGAGUUUAUUGAAUCUUGUCAUUCUCUUGGGGUCAUGCAUGAGACCUCAACCUAGAGAACUUGUUCGAUAGCAUUGAAGAGGAUGCUAAACUUGCCCGCUGAUUUCAGUUUCUGUUUUCUGCAAGCCAGGUUGAUACAUAAGCUUAUUUAUCUUUUCUUGUAUCAUAUUUGGACAUCUUGGGCAUUAUUGAAUAAUUAUUUAUAGUCCUUGGGCCAUUACAUUGGCAGGAUUUUUUAAAUAUGGUGCCAUCAUUUCAAACUGUAAAAGCAGAUCCUUUUGUCCUCGGAUGUUUUCUUCUUCUUUUGUCGCCUCAACAAAGGGUCCUGGUUAAUCUGGGAAUGGUUGCUUCAGUGACUCGAGUUCUCUGGCAGAAUGUAAUCUUUCCCUUGGUGAAUUCUGAUCAAUCUGAGAGAGUAGCAUUACGCUGCUCAUUAUAAAGGGUUCAUAAUUUGGGUUCAAAUUUCAGUUCUUUUCUCCAUGCAUCAAUUUCAAUCGAGCAGAGUAAUGGUUCCUGAUGUCCUGUACAAGUUAUUGCCGAGAGGCGCUCUGGGGAAGAAAUUGCUGGAUUGAAGGAGUUAUUCAAGAUGAUUGACACAGAAAACGGUGGAACCAUAACUUUUUUUGAGUUAAAAGAUGGUUUAAAGUGAGUGGGGUCUGGACUUGUGGACUCUGAAAUCACAGAUCUUGUGGAAGCGGUAAGGUGAACUGUUCAAUUAUUAGAUUAAUCUCUUAUUGUUAUUAUCAUUAGGUACAAGCUGGUGGCUUGAUUAUAAUGAAGCUACUAUAAAACAGAUUUUUUCCCCUGCCAACAAUGCAAAGCAGUUCUUUAUGCAUUUAUUUGUUUCAUUUGAAAUGCACUAAAACUGAAAUUUAACGGUGGUAAAAUUAAUAAAUUCUCCCUCCAGUCCCUUAUACAAGGUUUUCUAGACAAUUUUCAAGAAAAUUAAGAAAAUUUGUUAGAUUUCUUUAUUUGUUCAAAAAUAUCCCGAUAUUUCAAUUGUACCCUUAUCAAUUAAAGAGAACCUCAUCAUGCUUUUGUCAAAUUGCGAGAAAGCCUUGACAAUUAUAGGGAUAAAACUGUGACAUCAUUUGAUAUUCUGAUUAGGCACUUUAUGAUUUUUGGAUUAAUUUUUUUAUUUUUGGAAGGUACCUUAUGUAACUGAAUGAA